AUUGAAGAGGAUAGAGAGGGGAGAGCGCCCUGCUGUCGCCAGGCUCCUUUUAGAGUUUCUCCAUCUGUAGCAGCAGUCCAUCUACCUCCCUCCGAGGCCGCCGAGGUGCUGGUUCUGCGAGGCCUCAGGGCCGCCCAGCAUGAAGCAGGCACCAUGGGCUUUCUGGAGAACUACCAGGAGAUCGACCCCGUCACUUUGAACCUUUGCAUCCUCAUCGCCAGCUACGUUAUCUUGCUCCUGGUCUUCCUGAUAUCGUGUAUCAUGUACGACUGCCGGGGCAAAGAUCCCACGAAGGAGUACGCCCCGGACCCGCAGCCGACUCAGUCGCCCAUCAGGCUGGUGGUGAUGCAGAGCUCUCCAGCCCCGGUGGGUCGGUGGGACACGGCCAACAUGAUCACGACCUACCACGAGCCGACGCACGCGGACUUCAGGGAGAAGAAGAGCACGAUGGUCUGAGCGAGACUCGGCGGACUUUGUACAUACACGACUCUUU